CUAGUCAUCUGCCAGCGCUGUUAUUUUGCAGAGACGUCACUUGGGGACUGGAAGUGACAGUUACCGAGCAGCAGGCGGAGGAGCGCCGUCCAUGUAAACACCAGGAGUGGGGGUCCCCAGGGCCUGCCUCCGCUUCAGCGAAAAAAUGUCUGGAAAUUCAAGUGAUAGUGAGUCGUCCUGCGGAUGGACCAUUAUCAACCACGAGGGCUCGGAUAUAGAAACCCUACAGACUGAAACCGAACCAUGUUCAGGACCCAGCGCAGCAUUUGUGCAGCCAGAUUCGGCAGGUGAUUUGGCAGAUGUCUCCAGCAGUGAGGUUACUAUGUCAGCUGUGGAAAACCUUCACUCCACCUCAGAAGAGCACCAGGGAGCCACGGAGCUUUUGUCUUCUUACAGCUCCGGCACAAAACCAGACGGCUCCCCUGUACAUGCUGAACGUCAUGAUGAGGAGGGCGCCUUGGGUGAGGAUAGUCAUUGUGAGGCCAUUAGUGAUGACUCUGACAUUGUCACCUUGGAAACUCCCAAAGUGGAUGAAGUUGGACCCGAGGAGGAGGUUCCAGACGAUUUGUGUGGAAACACAGAUCUAAACAUGAGCUUUUCUUCUAGUAGCCAGUACACAUUCAGCCAGACAGAAGCUGUUUUUCCAUCCCAUCCCAGUGAAGAAGACUCAAGUAACGAUGAAGCAAGUGACGAUUCUGUUCCUAUUCUGAGACGCCGACGUUCUAAGAAAUCAAUGACAUCUGCAUCAGAGUGUGAGAAUAGGACACCUGUCGAGCAACCUCUUGCUCCGGCUCCUGCUCCAAAAACAUUGGGGUGGAUGAAUAGCAGCUUAAACAAGUGCAUUAUCCUCGCUCUAGUUAUAGCCAUGAGCAUGGGCUUUGGACAUUUUUAUGGUACUAUUCAGAUAUUGGAACAGCAUAAACAUGUGGAAAAAAUCCAUGAGAGUGAACUUAAUGAAAUGAAGGAUGAUCUGAUUCAGUGUCAAAGGGACCAAGAAGCCACAAUUGAACAGAAGGAGGAACCGCUUUCAGAAGACCUUAAAGAGGGACAAGAUAUAGUACUAUCACUUGAAGACCUAAUGGACAAAAUCACCAAAGAAAACCAUGUACUUAAACAAAAGCACGACGACUUAAAGUUAGAGGCGAAUGACCUUGUAACUGGCCUAAAAACUACUGAGGUUCAAAAUAAAAACCUUGAACUGGAAAACCAACAUCUAAGAGAGUCUUUGGAGAAAGAGGAACAAGCUUUAUCUUUACUAAAAGAGGAGCUCAGGAAACUAAGAGAGCAGAUCAGAAAACUUGAUGAGAACGGAAGGCGUGAGAUUGUGCUGUUAGAGAAUCAAAAGCUAAAAGAACACCUGAAAGAGGAAAGGCAAAAGGUCCGUAGUUUCCGAACACAGAAGGAGACCCUCUUAAAUGAGGCCCAGCUGCUAAGAAAAGAGUUGGAUAAUGAGCGAAGAAUUACUGACUCUCUGAAGGUGGAACUUGAGGAAAUAAGUAGGAGGAGAUCGUCCACAGCGUCCUUCGAAAGCAACCAUGAGAUAGAACAUUUGAAGGACCGGCUCCUUGAGUUGGAAAAAAACCUCAAUUUUGAACAACAGAGGUCAGAUUUGUGGGAAAGACUGUACGUUGAAACCAAGGAACAAAAUGAGAAACUGGAAUCUAAGGAGGGAAAAUCAAAAGGCAAACCUAAAAAGAAGGCAAAGGAUACAUUAUUUAGUUCAGUAAAAGAUACUUUUGAUGCCAUGAAGAAUUCUACCAAGGAGUUUGUGAGACAUCACAAGGAAAAGAUCAAACAAGCAAAAGAAGCUGUAAAGGAGAAUUUUAAGAAGUUCUCAGAUUCUGUGAAAAAUACUUUCAGGCACUUUAAAGACACCACCAGAGGUAUGUUUGAUAGAAAUCGCAGGAAACAUGCAGAAAGAGAAGAAACCAAGGGAGCUCGCACAGUGCGACGCAGGUACAAACAUGAUGCUGAGAAGAUGUAUCCUAACAAGGCAACAGCCAGUCGCCAUGAAUAUGAAGAUGACCAAAGCAGUGAGCAGUUUGAAGGUACAGCUGCCUGGAAAUCAAAUGGUGAGGAGAAGCUCAAUAACAACCCCAAUAAAAAGGGCUGCUCGGGAGUGUAUGACUGUGCCCACCAGGAGUCCAUCAGCCUCUUCAACAAAGUUCUGGACCCUGUGAGAGUUGAAGAGUUCAAUGACUUGAUGCAAGUAUAUUUACAGGAACAAGUAAAUAAUUUCCAACACUGGGAAGAGCUAGAACAGUUCAUUAAUAGAUUUUUUCUGAAUGGUGUUUUCAUUCAUGAUCAGAUGCUUUUCACCGAUUUUGUGAAAAAUGUUGAGGAUUACCUUGAAGACAUGAAGGAGUAUCAGACCAACACUGGAGGAGUGUUUGAAGAUCUGGAUGAGUUUGUGUACAGACAUUACUUUGGUAAUACAUAUUCUACACCGUAUGGACCAAGAAAACAGGAAAGAACUCCUUACAAGAACACAGAAAAUAAAAAUCACAGAAAGGAAGAAGAGAAGCAUCAGGCACGUUAUAAAACAGAAGGUAAAUGGAACAAGCAUGGGCGUGCCAACGGAAGACAGAUGGCAAAUGUUGAAAUAGAAUUAGGGCAGCUGCCCUUUGAUCCUAAAUAUUGAUCAGCAUGGAUCACUUUAAAUCUUAAAGGCAUAGCUAUAUGAUUGGAGUCAGGAUAAGUACCAUGUGCUCGGCAAAUACUGGUGUAAGCGCGGUAGUCACAGACGUCUUAUCUUGGCGCUAAGUGUCGGUCUUCUCUGUUGUGCAAUCUUUUUGAGCUUUGCUAAUGUUUAAUUUUGUAUCGUACUGAUUACUUUUCAUUUGCUUGCAUGUUUUAAUGUCAUCUCUGAUCUCCGAAUCACAAGUUACCACGUCUGAUGUUUCUUGUGCCAUUAUAUGUGGUCACCUUCUAACGAGAUGCUGGUUACUCUUUUACACAUUCUUACUUCUCUUUGGCAAAACCUUGUUCUCUCAUUAUUUGUAAGAUAAUAGAGACUAAAUUAAAAAAAUGAACUUUUAUUUAAAA